CAUAUGAUUAUCUAAUUUUAGAGAAGAAAUUAUGUAUAUAGUUUGAAAUUUACUGUUCAUUAUUAGAUUAUAAAAUGGUUAGCCAAACCUUUAACAACCAGGCAGGAGAAUUGACAGAUAUAUGUGACAUUUGUGUCCCAGGGAGAGUUUUGGAAGCUGUAGUAUCAGGGUCAUAUCCAACAUCACCUCCCGUAAGUUCUCUUGCUUGCAAUAGACCAUCAACAUGUACCUCUCCACCUGGUACUGCUUGUAAUAUGAAUGAUAUCAUUCCACAGGGCUGCCCAGUAACAACGACUGAAAGCCCGACUACCACAACCGAACAAACAACAACCAGAACUGAGGCAAGAACGACCACAGAACCAACGAAAACUACUAAGAGUCACUGUGGAAAGAAAAAACACAAACAUACCAAAUGAGCCAUGUAACAUUAUAAUAUGCAGAUAAAUUGAGUCCAACGAACUUUCUUGUCAAAUUUUCAAGGAAUAUGGCAAUUGUUUUUCACUUGUUCCGUUGUUGAUAGCGUUUGAUUUUAUCAGUUUUCAUGGACAUCCCUUUUUUGAAUUUGACUUUGGGUUCGGUAUUUUUGUUAUACUUUUUUAAUGAUAUGGUCAUUUAUUAUUAAUAGUGAUCGUUAUCUAUA